AUGCUGCAAAGUUUCGUUGAAUGUGGUCUUAAAUUACAUGGCAAUUGGUCGUCGCCGGGUGGUAAUGCAAAAAAGUUUACGUGCCUCAAUUCGGACUUAACCAUUACUUGGUAUGCCAGAAAACAAAAUACACUUGUGCUUCACGGCGAUGCAAGUUUGGCUCUAGCAAAUACGUUGAUUACAGUGUGUGGGGCACGAACUACAUCAAAUGAGUUCACGGUGAAACCGAAUGCAGUUGAGGAUGGCGAAUUAUCGGAUAAUAUUUGUAUGCCGACAAUAAGUAGUGUCAUAGAGCAAAGGCAUAACAACAAUACUAACGCGGUUACUGCUGAUUCGAUUGUCGAUAUGACUACAGAAAUACCUAAUCAGUCUUUCAAGAGUGAUGUACAUUCAGAAAAGCUUAAGGUCAGAUCAAAUUCAUUUCCUUGUAAUGUAGUGCAUGAUUUCGAGCACGGUUGUCAAUGUAGGCUGCUGGCAGCAGACCUUGAAGAGGUUAAGCUUGAUAUGGUGAUCAUGCAAAGAAAUAUAGAGUCUAAGAUUUUUGCAAUCGAAAAGUCGCGGGAGAGCGAAGAAAUUAACCAACUUCAAAAGGAACUAUCUAAUGAAAGGGAAAAAUGUAAAAACCUUGAAGCUGAUAUAUCAAUUUUAAUCCGAGGAAGAAAAAGAGAAGUAAACGAAUUAAAUAACACCAUUGUCUCUCUUGAAAAUAGACUUAAGUCAA